CAAUCGCUGGGCUUUUUAAGUAUCUCAAAGGGUUCAGUUAUUAUUUACAAUGUGAUGGGCGGCGACGGGAGUAAAGAUAAGACAGCAGCAUCACUGGUGAAGAGGAGAUCCCUGUCAUGUCGUCAAGGCUUCCUCUCUCUGCCUGCUCAGCUUGUUCAUCACAGUCUAUUUAGACACAUUGCCCAGCACAGAGAAUACCCUGUCUCUGAGCAAUCUCUGUCCACAGACUCAAACCCUGUGGGUCCUCAUCCAGAGUGGACACUGCCGGGCUUCAUUUCCAUUUUCCAGCCGGAAUUUCCACACCGGUUUGAUGGACAUUUACAGAUUCUUGGAUUUAUAGCUAAAGGCUCGUUUGGCCCUAUCCUGAAAGUAAUGGACCCGUCUAAAGACAAGAUGUAUGCUAUUAAGGUUUUACCCAAAGCUGACGUUUUGAGACAUGGAGUCCUUCAGCAGGCAAAAGAAGAGGUGAUAAUUCAACGACACAUCAGACAUCCUUUCCUCCUCAGUCUACGGGACUGUUGGCAGAGCCAGAACAAUCUCUUCAUAAUGUGUGAUUACUGCAGCACUGGGGACCUGUACACCUACUGGACACUGAAGGGCUGUUUUGAUGAGAGGGAUAUUCGAGUGUUUGCUGCUGAAUUGGGCUGUGCCUUGGGUUUUUUACAUGACUUUGGAAUAAUUCAUAGGGAUGUAAAGAUGGAGAACAUCCUUCUGAGUGAUAAAGGUCACCUCCGCUUGACUGAUUUUGGGCUGUCUCGUCAUCUUGAGCGUGGAGAUAGAGCAUUCACUAUCUGUGGCACAUUACAAUACAUGGCUCCUGAGGUCCUGAGUGGAGGCCCCUACAGCCAUGCUGCAGACUGGUGGUCUCUUGGUAUUCUUAUCUAUGCUUUAGCCACUGGAGAGUUUCCACUUCCUGCGGAAGCAGACCACUGUGUGAUGCUGACCAGGGUCAGUGAGUAUCCGUUUGACAUGCCUGCAAGCCUCAGUCCAGCCCUGGCCUUCCUACUCAUUGAGCUUCUGUGCAAAAUCCCCACACGUCGCAUGCGCUGCCUAGAGCACUUCCAGAGCCAGAGAUUUUUCCACGGCAUGCCCUUUGAUUCCCAGCUGCUGCAGAAAAAUCCAGUCGAGCCAAUCCUGGAGCUGAAGAAUCAUCCUGACCGUGAGGAAAAGUCGAUGAGAGGUCUAUCAUUAGAUCUUCUCCAGAAUUUUGAGUGUGACCUGCUGAACUCGCCUUCUACACCUGCAGAUUUUCUCCUACUUCAGUGAAGAUUGAGAAAUUGGAUCAUCUGGACAACCUUCGAUGGCCUUUAACACCUUCUCCAAAAACUUAAUGAGGGCAUGAUGUUAAGCUCCGCCCUACAAGUGUCAGCAUCCUCUGGGAUAUCACCUUCAUAAAGAACUGGG